UUCUUUCUUCGCCAUCUUUCAAAAAUUAGAGAAUGGAAAAAUUAUAUUAGAAACAAAAAGAAAUUGCACAAAAUCGUAAUAAAAAAAACAUAAAACAAAAAUUUUUUUGUCAAUCCAAAUGAUAAGAAAUUUAUACAAUUUCUUUCAAAUAAAUUAAUAAAUUAUUCGCUAUUAUAUUCCCUACUCCAAAAUCGCAUAGUCUUGUUCCAAGUGCUUUUCUCUAGUCGCUACUCGCUUACAAGAGCAGCAAAUAUUUGCAUAAUAAAUUACUUAUCGGACAAAAUGAAUAUCAAGUAAAGAAUCACAAGAUAUCAAAAAAACGAACACAAGAAUUAAGAAAAAAAUGUUUAUUAGCUCUUUGAUUAUGAUAUAAGAUUACGAACAAGACCAAGCUAAAUACACGAAUAUCCGGGUUGUGAGAAUACCCUGGACAAAGUUUCCAAGUGGAAGCAUACAAAAACACAAAAAAAAAAAACCCAAAGGAAUUGCAUUUUCUCUGAGAGUUUUCCCACAAGUAAAUUUUUUGUAUCCCAAAAAUUUCCUGUGAAUUCUCGGAAAAUUCCCCAAAUGACAGUCACAACAAUCCAUUCAAUGGAUGUUAAAUCGCAAGUAAAUCCUCCAGCUUUAAAUCAAGCCGUAGCAGGUGCUUCCAAAAGCUAUUACAAACCUCUGCGCACAGAUGAGGAAGACGAAGUCAAGGUCUUGCUUAUAAAUGACAACUUUCACCGCGACGCGAGUGAAGAUGAAGUUGAUGUGGCAGCAGGUGGUGGAGGUUUGAAUGGGGAAGAUAAUGGUCCAAAAGAAGCCUGGACUGAGAAUCAGGUUACUUGGUUAGAUGAUGACGAAGAGAUCGACAAUCUCGAUCUAGAUGUUGGCCAUAUGUUCUUUAAUCGGGUCGACAGUACUGAGAUUAUCUAUCAGCCAAAGAAGAAGAACAUAAAGAUGGUUGGGAAGUAUUUGAUGGGUGAUGUUUUAGGUGAGGGGUCAUAUGGGAAAGUUAAAGAGGUCCUUGACUCGGAGAAUUUGACGAGGAGAGCUGUAAAGAUUCUUACUAAAAGAAAACUGAGGAGAAUUCCAAAUGGAGAACAAAAUGUCCAACGUGAAAUACAAUUACUCAAGAAUUUGCGUCACGAAAAUGUCAUCCAAUUGUUGGAUGUUUUAUACAACGAUGAAAAGCAAAAGAUGUACCUUAUAAUGGAGUAUUGCGUAGGAGGCUUACAAGAAAUGUUAGAUCAUGCACCUGAAAAGAAAAUGCCUUUAUUUCAAGCACACAGAUAUUUUCGUCAGCUUAUUAAUGGGCUAGAAUAUUUGCAUGGUUGUCGAGUUAUUCACAAAGACAUUAAACCGGGUAACUUGCUACUAACAUUAGAUCAAACUCUGAAGAUAUCAGAUUUUGGUGUGGCAGAGCAGUUGGAAACAUUUGCUGAAGAUGAUACUUGUACAACUGGGCAAGGAUCGCCAGCAUUUCAGCCACCAGAAAUUGCUAAUGGACAGGAGUCAUUUUCUGGGUCGAAAGUUGAUAUAUGGAGUAGUGGUGUUACUUUAUAUAAUUUAACCACUGGACUUUAUCCAUUCGAAGGAGAUAACAUUUAUAGGCUAUUAGAGAAUAUUGGACGUGGACAAUGGGAAGCACCAAAUUGGCUCUAUCAAUUAGAUGAUAAAUUAGCUCGGCUAGUUUUGGGGAUGUUGCAAUCGGAUCCAGAGAAACGUUUCAAUAUUCAACAAAUUCGAUAUGAACCUUGGUUUAUUUCUGCUCCAGAAGAAAAAGGGCCACCAAUUCCCAUUCCACCAUUGAAAAAUGACAAGUAUCGUCGAUCCACAGUACUGCCUUACCUAGAUGCUUUCCAUUAUGAAACUGAAUUCGAUCAGGAGGAUAAUUAUUUCACCGAACAUGACCUAAAUCAGGAACUUGCCCGACAAGCUGCAGCUGCAGCAGCAGAAAUAAAAGCUAAAAAAAACGCCGCCUCUGCAUCGAAUCCAACAAUUUCAUCAGCUGGCACCUCGGCUGCAGCUGCUGCAUCCUCCAAUAGUCUUAAAGAAAAUAAAAAGCAUCAUUCUUCGUCGGCGUCAUCACUCAAACGGCGAGCGAAGAAACUAACGUCGUGCAUAUCAGUUCGAAAACUAACCAAUUGCCGACCAUCUUGAGACGAUCGACGAUUUCAAAAUGUUUUCUUUCUUCUUAUUUAGUUCUAUUUAUCGUUUUGAUCAUUGUUAUUUAAUUUUUUCGUUUGUUUUUGUUUAGUUCUUAUUUUUAAUCAUUUUUGUUUGUCUAUCACUUUGCACGAAAUACCGAAAGGUGACGAACAUUUUUCUUCACAAAAUUUAGUUGAUUAGUUUUUUGUUUCGUUGUACGUUUUUUUUUUUCACAGUCACAAACUCAAGAACUUUCCUACCGACAAUACAAUACAUACUACUCGUAACAUACACACAAUCAUCUCGCCGUGAAAUUGCGUGUUUUUCCAAGAUUUCUUAAUUAUAGUUUAUUAUUUGGUUUUUGUUCUUCCGUCAGAUAUCUAUUUUGACACAAAUCAUAUCUUAACACAUAAAUUUACAUACAAAAAACGGGCCAAAAAAAUUGUUUUGUACCAAAUCGUUUUCUAUGUUUUUUUUUUUUGUAUAUUCUUUAUUUUUUUCUUUUUUUUUCACUUUGAAAUUAUAUAAUCAAAUUUCAAGCAUCUUAAAGCAUAAAAUUUCAUUUUUCUACUCUUGAUGUAAAGUUUAUUAAACAAAACAAAAAAUAAUAGAGAGUUGUUGAAAACCUUAAAUAAACGCUUUUUGUGUAUAAUAGAAAUAAUAAAUAAUUUAAAGAUCGCUGCUGGCCAGAUUGAUCUGACACCAAGGAUUACUACACAAAGCUAAAACGAUAAAAUAAUUUACAUCAAAACCAAAGUGGAAUAAAUUGUUAAAAAUUA